GGGUGGGAAAAAUAUCUCUUCAUGUAAUCUACACACUGUCAAUAAAACACUGUCAUCUCGACUCUGUGAAGUAUCUCUGUGACAAAUUUUACAAAUGUAAUACCUUAAACAUUACAUAACCCGCUGAGAAUAUACGCCGAUGCGAGUGAAAACACUGGAGACCGUCGAACACUUGCGCGUUCAGGAAAAACGAGUUUGAAUGGGGAAGAUUAUAACGUGUUUACGCCGCAUGUGCGAACUCGGAUCUCUGCACGCUGAUUGGCUGCAGGAUUACUCUCGGGUGCUGUGAUUGGCUGCAGGAUUACACUCGGGUGCUGUGAUUGGCUGCAGGAUUACACUCGGGUGCUGUGAUUGGCUGAGAGCACGGAUGGAUAAACUGCUUUGCGGAAGCGGAACAGAUCCGCUGGACGGAGGGUUUAAACUAAUUUUCUCAUGAGAGCUCAGAGAUAAACAUACUGUUUAAACGCGUGUUCUGUGUUAUUACAGCAUGGAUGACCUGCAGCGGAUCUAUAUAUCACUGUUCGGAUGUGUCGCGGUGUUUAUCAGCGCUGUAAACGCGUUCAGUCCUCAAGUCGACAGUGAGUUCACGUUUCUGCUGCCUGCAGCGAGGACAGAGUGUUUCUACCAAACAGCGAUUCACAACGGCAGCAUCGAGAUCGAGUAUCAGGUGAUCGCUGGAGCAGGAAUGGAUGUGGAUUUCUCGAUCAUUUCUCCUCAUGGGAUCCAUCUCGUCUCAGAGUUUCGUCGCUCUGACGGGGUUCACAUGGUGGAGCCCACAGAGGCAGGAGACUAUCAGAUCUGCUUUGAUAACACCUUCAGCAGGUUCUCUGAGAAGAUGGUCUUCUUUGAGGUCAUCCUGGACAACCAGUCCAAUGACGUGGGGGCGGACGAUGAGUGGGCGGGGCUUGGAGAGCCUGAGAGCCUAUUGGAAUACAAGCUGGAAGACAUAAGAGAGACGAUGGACUCUGUGCACCAGCGUUUGGAGCGCAGUAGUCAGAUGCAGACGGUUUUGAGAGCAUUCGAGGCACGUGACAGAAACUUGCUGGAGGACAACCUGUGGCGGGUCUCCUUCUGGUCCUGUGUCAACCUGCUGGUCAUGUUGAGUGUUGCGCUCACGCAGGUCUACACCGUUCGACGCCUGUUUGACGACAAAUGGAGAGUCUGCUCUUAAAAACAUGCAAACGUCACACUGACCAAUCAGGUACAACACAGAGGCAAAACAGAAGCAAGUCGAGGACAUUCAGAGACCACAGUGCCUUUAAUACUUUGGUUCUAGAACCGUCAAACAAUAGCAGUGAUGCUCAUGUCACUUGCUCUGAUUGGCUGGAUUCUGUUACAAGCACUCUCUCUCAUUGGACGAUCUUCUGUGGUAUGUAUUUCAGUGGGAGUUCACUCACACACACCCUUAUAACACCUAAUAAGGCUCAAGAGAACUGUUGCUGUUAGAAUAAAUAAUAGGCAUAAUGGAGUAGUUCCCCCAAAAAUGAAAACUCUUAUUUUAUUCCAAAACCAUAUGCUGUUUUUUCUGUGGAAUACAAAAGUAGACAUUUCUUUAAAUAUGGAAAGCUUUGGAAUAACAUAAGGGUGAAUAACGACAGAUGAUUAAUGUUUGGGUGAUCUAAUCCUUUAAACGGUUUGUUGGGCGUUUUUCCUGAAGAAUAAUAAUGUGACUAGAUUUUAUUCAUUUUUUUUGUGUCUUUUAAUUUUAGUCGUGCCAUUUAAUACAUACCAGAACCGCAUUAACACACUGAUAAUGUAAGGUGAUGCUGUUUUUAUUUUAUUGUUUUUUAAGGUUUGAAUGAGAUGAAUAUGAUGUUGAAAUUUACAACUCUGUACACCUGUUUGAUUUAAAAAAAAAAAAAAAAGACUUUUACACAAUAAAAUAAAAGUAAUCAUUUAUUUUUACUUUUUGUAGCCGUUGUAUUCAAUGGUCAUGAAACCAAACUUGACUGUUCUUGGUCUUACAGACAUUUUUUAACGUUUCUUCUAUAAACCUCUGCGUUUCAGCUUUUCAAGAUAUUUAGAAACCUUUUAGGGGAAGAAAAAAUGGUGUAGCUCACUUAAAUGUUUUUGUCAUCAGUCAUAAAGCUUGGAUUUAAAAUCCAAAUUCAGAUGCCGCAUGAACGUAUAGAUGAGAUGUUUUUAAUGACUGUAGCGAAUGAUUAAGACGUGUAAAUUAAAUCUCUUUGAACUGAUGGAGCGUGGAUUACCAUUCAGUGACGUUAUAUCUUUAUCUUGUACAUAAAUAAAAUCUUUUAAAAUACAGUAAUAUAUAUAUAUAUAUAUAUAUAUAUAUAUAGUUUAGACGUAAGUAAAUUCAAACAUGUAAAGCUAUAUUUUUAGUAAUGAAUACUGACCUUGUUUGAACUCCAGUUCAAUUGAAGUCACAGCUGUUACAGAAAAUAAAAAUAUAGACAAAAACAUUGGUUGUGGAUUGUGUGAACGUUUGAGACAAAAGAGCAUAUCUAAACAAAUUCCCCUUUAUAUUGAUCGCGUUACAUAUUCUGAAUGUGUUUGUUCGCACUCCUUGUGAAACGUCAGUAUGAAAAAUAGAAAUACAAAAACAUUUAGAUAAGCACUAUAGAGAAAAUAUAUGAAUGAGUGAUAUUAACGAUCUGUUAGAUUUAUACUAAAGAAUAAAUAAUUUGCCAAUGGGGUAAGCACAACAAAAAAUACGAGAUAUAUUCACAAUUUUUCUUGAGUAAAUUCAUCUUGUUUUCAAGAGGUUUAGACAUUUUUUACUUGCAAACAAGACAAUAUCAGUUACUAUUUUUGAUGUUGUUUUUGCAAUAUACACAACCAACAAAUAUAUUCCUUCACCAAAACAUCUCUCUGUACUAAAGAAGCGUAUAUUAAAUCGGCUUAAUCAUUACAGGAGCAAAGCACAAUUGUCAUUGCUGUUUCCAGUCCAGUGGAGACGGUUCUGAUUAUUGUGGGUCUGUUUGGAGCUGCUGGAGGCCGUUUCUAAAUGUUUCUAAAUAAUACAUGAAUUAUGUUCAUAUGUACAUCUGUUUGCAUUAUGUGUUACUCAUGCAUUCUAAAUCAAUAAAAUAUACAUGUAACCCAAGAAAUGUACUUA